UCUACUAACCAACGAGGAAGAAGCAAAGAUAAUAUAUAUAAGUAUAUAACACGAAAGUCUCACUUCUUUGGAACCUUUAUAUUCUUCGUUCAGGUAAUGGCGGAAAGGUUGCCACUGAUUUUGCUCCUUGGUUUUCUUUUGUUAGUAUCGGGAGUGUUGUCCAUGACUAUGAGUACGCUUACCAUAGAGAACAAGUGCAAUCACACAGUUUGGCCAGUUAUAUACUCAUGGAACGUAGACUCACAGGUCUCCCCAACAGGCUUCAGUCUUACAAGAGGCGAGGCGCGAGCCAUACAGGCGCCAUCUUCAUGGUACGGUCUUAUCUCGGGUAGGACGCUAUGCUCCACCGACUCAACAGGUAAAUUCUCUUGCGCCACAGGAGACUGCGAGUCCGGAAAGAUCGAGUGUCCCGGCUCAUACAGUUGGGCUCCGGUGACUUAUGUCUACUUUAGAAUCGAUGAUGGUGGCAUCAACAGCUACACCAUCAGUGUUGAGUACGGUUACAACCUUCCGCUCAUGGUUGUCCCUUCACAGCGUAGCCGGACAUGUAUCAGCGCCGGUUGUGAUGUUGAACUGAACAAGACUUGUCCAAAAAAUCUUAUGAUAAUGUCCGGAAAAAAUCCAGUUGGCUGUAGUAGCACAUGUCAGGAAUUUAAUACCCCGGAGACUUGUUGCACCCUCGACUUCAAGUCAAAGCAAAACUGCAAGCCGACAGUGUACACUAGGAACUUCGAGCGAGCUUGCCCACUCGCUCAAAUCUAUGCCUAUGAUGAUAAUAAUAGCACCGUUACAUGCCUAAACUCUACUGACUACGUCAUCACGUUUUGCCCUUCCUAUAAUUAAUCCAGACAAAACCAAGUAUACCCUCUGAGCUUUUUAUUUCAAUAAUUUUGCUAGGGGUUGAUUACGUCAAACAUCACAUGCUUUCAACGAUUCAUGUUCUUAAUUAAGUCAAUGUGUAUUUUUCUUUCUUUCUUUUUGAAUUAUAAAGAGAAUGAACAGUGUUCCCACCUA